CGCCAGCGCGCCCCGAACAGCCAUAUCGAUUCCAUCUGCAAGUCGCGCGAGUCUUUUUUAACGGCCGGGGGCUCCAGGCCUCAAUAUCGAAUUGUUGUUUGACUUUCUUUCUUUCAAACUCAACGCAUUCGGCGGCGGAAUUUGGGGCUGACGAACUGUUAUUAUUAUUUCUUUUUUUUUGUCGUUGUGUUUGCUUCUGCACUAUACUAGAGGUACGGACGGACAGACGGACAAGGCGAUUGAACGUGAGACGCGACAGGAAUUAUCUAUUUGCUCCGAGUUGGCCAGAUUGGGAGAUCGCAUUUGUUGUGCGCGUUGAGGCGACUAUCAAUUGCUUGCUUGCUGUCUUUGGCGGGGAUAAAGAGAGUAUCGACGAGCUACAACAUACUACUGACAACCGAUAACAAGAUCGUAUCAGGUGGGAUUGAUUGGAUCUUUUCUAUUUCAUACUAUUGAUAUCUGGUCCAAACGGCGAACAUGACGUCCACGCCUGCAUCGGCAUCUAAUCACCAACAUCACACGCCGACAUCUUCGGCUGAGUUUUCUUCCCAUCCAAAUUCAAACACGCAUGCGCAUGCGCAUCCUUCGCAUCUCGAUUCAAGUGCCCAGCUCGCAACAACAGGGUAUGCACCUAACGAUAACCAGUUGGCGGGACUAGUUGAGGCUGCGACUGCAGCUGCGGGGCAGGACGUGUCGGAGUGGGCAGCUGCUGCGGCUGUUGCUGCGGCGGCGGGGGCAGCGGGGGGCCAUCACCAGCUAGACGGGUAUGGAGGAGAUAUACAUAUUGGAGACGAUGGGUUCGGAGACGCUGGGUUCGGAGGAUUAGGUGGCGGGAAAACGAUGAGAGGAUCCGGAUCCGCGAGUGGUGAGCAAGGCCAUGCGCCCGAGAGGUCUGUUUCGAAGAAGAGGAAGAGAGGAGGGGAAGAUCCUCUUGAUCCAGCCUUGACGGCUGCGAGUGCUGGGGUUGGAUUUGGUACUAGCCAACAUCAACAUCAACAUCAGCAUGAGCGGCAGCAGCAAGAGUCGCAACAGCAGCAGGCAAGGCUUGAUGGUGAGGAUUUGGACAUGCGAGGCUUACCGGCUCAGUCGAUGUCAGAUAUUCGUGCCGCGGGGGUACAUUCAGCUGCGGCGCUCUUUCGGCAGCCGUCUAGUAAUAAGAAGUACACCCGUCCGCCCAUGUCGAAGUUAUUCUCGUCGCUUGAGUUAUCGCCUGAGAAUUUCUUGCACUUGCAAGCUGCCGCUAAGGCGUACAUGUUGGACGAAAAUCAUCCAGAGAGGCGCGACUGUGUAGGUCAGAGGGGUAAAGGAGAUACAGAGAUGGUCAAGUUGAGACUGUGGAAUUGUGUACGCAAUUUCUUGGAAACAGAGGGAAAUGGAGAACGGUUCUUCGGGGAAAAUGUAGUGAACGAGGGUAUCGGUCCUCGGACGCACGUUUGGCCUCGCGACCAGCAGAAGAUUAUCUCGCUCGUCAUUCCUCUGCUAAGGAGGAUGGUUACGAAUGAACGGCAGAGGCAAUACGCUAUCGAGACGAGAAAAGGUGGCGGUACUGAGGAGCGAAAGAGAAAGAAGAUGGAUGACAGUCUACAGAGAUUCAGUCCCUCCCAGCAGUAUUCGACCGAGGAGCAGCUACAGAUGCACCAUCAAAGCCAACAGAACCACCUGCCUGACGAUUAUACAGCACCCCCUCCACUUCCACCAAUACCCGCUCAGAUUCCGGUCCAGGGCAUGGAGCUGGGGUUAACUGACUUGCUGACUGACGGGUACCAGGCCACCUGGGAUGCCAUCGCAAGGUCAUACGAGGUAUACAACCAGAAUUAUGAGCUGGACAGUCUCUGGGCCAUCUCGGGUCUCCAGCAGCAAGAUUGGAAGGGAUUGGUUGCUGCGGUUGAUAGCCAUUACCAGAUAGUCCACAACGGGGGAUAUGGUUGCCCAUCGGUAUGCGAGGAUGCUUUCAUUAACCAUAUCAUAAACUCGAAUUCCGCGUCGAAUUUGCCAUGGAGAAUCGGAGGAAGUCAAAACCAACCCGCGAAGAAUGAAUUCGCCUCCAGCAUAAUACGCGAUAUCUCACGUGUCGUCCGCGAUGCUUUAUCUGGGAGAAGAUCCGAAGACCAUCCAAUUGUCUCUCCUCAUGUGCCUCCUCCAUCCGCGCCUCCUUCUGCGGCCGUGGGCAUGGAGCAACAGUCUCACAUCCCGAACUCUUCUUCCUCCCCACAACAAGCCGCGAUCAUCCCCUCGCAACAUUACAAUCCAACUGGUGAAAACCUGGCACCACCCGCUCCGAACAACCAGGCCGUCUCUUCGAAUACUGCAUCGACUUCAGGCCCUUCCUCACUGAUAAACCUAUACAUCAAUAUCCUCCAGAACAGCAAACGUAUUAUCCCCCAACUUAGCCUCCCGGCGGACCAAUGCCCGGAUCUGGGAACAUUGCGGGACGUCAUCACCCGGCGCUAUCCGGGUCAGAUAACUUUGCAGCAACAGCCAGUGCAAGGGCCAUUGUCAUUGCCUUCUGCCAGUUCUGAUCCUGAUUCUGGUUCGUGGCGAGUAAAGGUCUGGCUUCCCGAUGGGUUGGCCUCGGUUUCGAGUGAUGGGGAGUGGACGGUUGCGUUGCUUUCGGCGGGAAAUGUGGAUUGGAUGGAUGGGAGUUUGAAGGUUCUUGUGGAUGUUGCCGGGGAGAGCCGGUGAUGUGAUGUGAUGAUGUUUUCUUUCAUGUGGGAUAUUUACUAUUGUACGGAGUAUUGGGAGAGUAAAUGUAGUAUUAGUUAGUACCUAGUUUUAGCCAUAUACCCUUAUGCUUGUUGAAUUGAAUGGAUG